AUGGGAGCCGCCGGGAGCCGCGGCUGCGAGCCGGGCCAGCUGGAGGGCUCCCGCUUGCUGCCCGCCGCCUGGUGGGCGCGGGCCUGGAGGAGCGUCCUGGCCAACGCCGGCUCCCCCCUGCUGGGUGCCAGGGCCGAACGGCGGGCCCUGGCGGAGGAGGCGGCCCAGGCGGCAGCGCAGGAGCGGGCUCUGCCCCAGGGCGUCGCCCUCUUCUUGCCCGAGUUCCCCGUCCGGCCACCGCUGGGGCCGAGCCAGCUCAAGGUGCUGGGCUUGGUGGCCAAGGGCUCCUUCGGGACGGUGCUGAAGGUGCUGGACUGCCGGCAAGAGCGGCUCUUUGCCAUCAAGGUGGUGCCCAAAACGGAGGUGCUUCGCCGGGACAGCCUGAAGCAGUGUAAGGAGGAGGUCAGCAUCCAGAAGCAGGUGAGUCAUCCGUUUGUACACUGCUUAGGGGACAGCUGGCAGGGGCAGCGCCAUCUCUUCAUUAUGUGUACCUAUUGCAGUACCGGAGACCUUUACACCUUCUGGAAGUCCGUGGGCCCUUUUGCUGAAAGCAUCAUCCGCUUGUUUGCCACGGAGCUGGUUCUGGUGCUAGGAUACCUUCACAACCUGGGAAUUGUGCACCGUGACGUCAAGAUGGAAAAUAUCCUCCUGGAUGAACGAGGGCACUUGAAGCUGACUGACUUUGGCCUUUCCCGCCAUCUGCCUUGGGGCAAAAGGGCCUACACCAUCUGCGGGACCCUCCAGUACAUGGCCCCUGAAGUACUGAGUGGUGGUCCCUAUGCCCACGCUGCUGAUUGGUGGUCUCUGGGUGUGCUGCUGUUUGCCCUGGCCAGUGGGAAGUUCCCAGUUGCUCCGGAGAGAGACCACAAGGCCAUGCUCCGCAGUGUGCAAGGCUGCAGCUACACCGCUCCACUCACUCUCAGCCUGGGCCUGCGUCUUCUUCUCAGCGAGCUCCUGUGCCAGGAUCCGCAGCGACGCCUGCGCUACCCCCACCACUUCCGGGGCCACCUCUUCUUCCACGGAAUGACCUUUGACGCCGAGCUCUUGCAGAAGCAGCCGGUGGAUUUUGUGCUGCGCCUGCGGCAAGCCAGCGACCCCGUUCUGGACCCCACCGCCUUUUCGGAUUUUGACUGUGACUUCUUGAGCCCCGGGAGCCAGCCUUGGCCUGGCUGAGGCUGCUGGGUAG